AUGGCUUUCUCUGCCUUUGUCACAGCCCUGCGGGUGCUCCGGGGCCGUGGUGAAGUCUCGCAGCAGUACCUUGGACGAAAAACGAGAUUGAGGGGCUUUUUUGAGGUUGAAGGGCUGCGUGACUGCGUGUGCCUUUAUGCAACCGAUGGGCUUCGAAUCAACGUCGUCGACUUUCUUGCGCAACAGGGAGUGUUUCUUUGCAUUACAGAACCGUGUCACAAGGUGUUUUGUUCGACCUCUGUGGCCGUUCUCCAAAGUUACCCAUGUGGCCUGUACCUGUCCCUGCGUGUUUUCGCAAACACGGGCAGGCUUUCGGAGCAAGCAAAGUUUGUACUGAUGCUGGCAGAGCUGCUGCUGGCAGAUGCAGACAGGCUGGGGGCUAGGAAGGCGGCCGCCUUGCGUGAUUUUGCAUCCGCAGUGUUGGAGGCCCCUUUGGGUGGGGUGUUGUGGUUCAUCGAUGUGGGACGAGCUUACUCCAUGAGGAGGGAGGGGCUGGAGAAAGUGAGCGAUGGCUUCAGUCUCGGGCAUCACUCAACUCUGAUUUCGGGCUUCGCAGCAGUGAAGCAGCUGCUGGUACGACUUCAAUUGCAUAUGAGCAUGGAGAGCUUACUGCGUACCCUUGGCCUACGGAGGACACCUUCUCGGCCGACUCUGGCAGCACCCAACCAUGGCUCGCCACGCAACCUGACCGCCAUCAGCGGGGCAUUCUGCGAAGCUCAGGUGGCGGUGCUCGAUCGCCUGAUGGAGUUGCCGCCGCCCCUCGUGCAGACGGCGCCAUCCCAGUGGCCGCCAAUGGGCCGACAGGACCCGAACGUAGUUGCUGACCUGGAUGCCAUCGAGGCGCUGUACGGCAAGGAGUCCGUGCAGGAACAUGCAGACCGCACGGAGAUAACCGUGCAGGACCUGUCAGUGGUCAUCCGAUUCGACAGCACAGAUCCUCGCCGAGUCACGGCACGUGCUGUGGGAUCAGGGGCAACGACAGGCGAUGAGGCCGUUGCAAACACCUGCUUUGCGACCCUGCAGAGGUUUCGACGUGGUUCACUGGGCGUUCUGGAGGCGGUGCAGCUGGCCGCGACCACGCGGCAUGCAGAUGAGCCCCUACCGAGUUUGGACUCACUUCUCCUGGCUUCGCCACCAUCACGGUGGCUGGGCCUCCGUCCGGAGACAGCUGGCACGACCCUGGAGUUAUUUAACCCACGCGACGUGGCCCAACAUGCGGCAGAACAGCUCCACAAGUAUCUCUCUAGCCAUGAGCGUUUUGAGCCUGCCGGCAAAGCGGAGAUCGUCGUCCAUGAACGCCUCGCCGAGCGCUUCGCCGCGGCUCUCGCCCUGCAGCGGGCCGUAGCCAAAGUGCCCACGACGCCGAGCCUGGCUUUCCACGGCGCUCCGGGCCAGGAUGUGCUGCGAAGUAUCUGCCGGCGUGGUUUUCUCAUGCCUGGCGAUUGGAUUGAAGGCACUCCGGACUUCGUCCCCACGGCCCACGGCAAUGUCAAAGGCAUGGGGGUUUACACCUCUCCGUGCUUGGACACCGCCGCGCGUUACUCAGGGGUCUACGACAAAGAUGGUGUGGGCCUGGUCCUGGUGGCUCUGGUGGCCCCUGGCGUCAUGUGGAGGGAGCGGAGCCGCGAAGACACGCAAAAGCAGAUCGAGCAGUGGUUUUUCCCACCAGCGCCCAAGGAAGGGCAGCGGCAGGGCGGCUGGAUCUUCCAUCGUGGGGCCUGGCAGGUGGCCGCGGACUCCGAAAAGCGUCCAUCAGCCGACCCUAUGGACCUCGCUUUUGCGCCGGACAGUUCCGCACUUUAUGAUGGGGCCUACAACAGCCGCUUGUUCGGCGUUGCUACUAAGGUCUCAGAGGAACUAGUUCUGGCCUCCGUGGAUCAACUGCUGCCACUGCUGCUGCUGCCUUUCCGUCCUCGUGGCUCCCUCAAGCCGCUGGUGGCACCGGCACCGAAUCUGCCAAUGCAGAAUUUGCCAGGCGGGCGCCGCCGCCGCACCCUUUGCGGGUCCCGGGUCUACGCGUAUCCGUCCGAUCCGCUUCCAGACCGUAGCCUGCUUUGCUGCAAAGUCGUGACGGCCCAGAAGCCUUCGGACGAGCUGUGGGCCAUACAUGUACCAGCAUCUGAAUCCGACAGUCGGCUGAACGGCGGGCCCACCCUGCACGUACUUUUCCUGGUGGAUGAAGCCCUGGCGACUUCGAGUUUCAAAACCGAGGUACCAACGCUGGUUCAGACUCUCACAGGCCAGUUGCAGGGCAUGACGUCCCUCGUCAUGUUCAACUCCUCUGGCGUGGACUCGCGCUUGUGCCUGCCCUUUGCCGCUUCCGACACCUUUCCCGCUCGCUUCAUGGACCGCUGGGCGAAAGCAGGGGCCCGGGGCGGAGGCAACUUGGCAGCUGGACUGCUGCACGCCUCCGACGCGAUAAUCUCCAAGCUUGCCAAGGACACAGAGGCAGAGCUGCUGUCCGCCGGGUCCCCUUGGCGCCGGCUGCGCAUUGGCAUGGGGCUCGACACUGUCACAGGCGAAGGCGCAGUGGUCCAAGAGGUCAGCUUCGACUCGCUGGGGCCAGCAUCCCUCCAGGUCAAGUGGAAGGCCAACGAAAAACUGCAGGAGUCCAGCAAGGUUGCUGUGGUCGACAGCAAGGCAGGACCCCUCCUGCGAGUGGAGUGGGCCGAGGAGCAGGCCCUUGCCUCCGAGUUCAAGCUCUCAGCAGACCUCGGCAUGCCACGGGCGCCUGAGGAUGUGGCGGCCGACACCGCCUUUGUCGUUUUCGCGCUGUCGAACUUCGAGGUUGCCAGUGCUGCCAGCGGCGACGCUAACAGGCUCUUGGCGCAAGUUUCGGAGUGCGCUGCGCAGCUGCACUGCAGCGGCUGCCGUGUCUCCAUGAUGCCUGUGGCGCUGGGCAGCGACGAGCGCGGCAGCCGUUUAGCCGCAGCCUUGCGGGCGCUUGCCACAGGAGGCACCCCAUGGCAUCAGCCUUUCUACGGCGCAGCGGCGCCAAACGAAGCAGCGGCGCUGACCGAAAAGAUGAGGGAGGAGAUGGAGGAGUGGUCGUCUCGCAAAGCACGGGGCACAGUCGCCAUCGGACAGCUGGCCGCGAAGCAUGGUGAAGGUUUUGUGGAGGAGCCUUUGGCGCUGCCCCGCUGGGUGGCCAGGCUGUCCCCGCCAGCGCUGGGCAGCGAGGCUUCGGACAUCGUUCAGGGCCAAUGCCUCCUCUUCAAGGGCGAGCUUCCCCGAAGGGAGGUCUACGUUGGAGAGGCCGAGCACAAGCUUGUAUUCUGCGAGCCGCCCCAGAUGUGCUUCGAGCUCCUGAAGGACGACAAAGCUGGCCAGGCAGUCGUGCAAGCACUCGGACGAUGUCUGCAGCUGGGAUUCGCGCUGGAAAAGGCAGCACAGCAACUUCGGUCGGCGAGCCUGGUGGCUUUAGGCCCCAUGCGGACGGAAAUCAAGAUGUGGCUUGAUCGUCUCCGCUUUGCGGCCGAGGACCUCAAGAUACAGCGUGCAACGAAGGAGCUGAAGUCCUUUGCAAGGCAGCAGGCCCCUUUAAGGGCGGCGCUCGGCGCUCGGAUGCGCGGGCUGAGCUGCAGCCUCCAACGCAUUGCCAAUGCCUUGAGUGAAGCCGCCACGCUUGACGAAGCAGCAGAACAGGAGCCUGGCGCGGCUGCUUGGCUCCGCCGGGUCUCCUCCAUGCGCUUCGGGGCGCGAGUCCUCCAGCGUGCGAAGAAGAACUUGCCGGAGGAUGGAGACGGCAUCACCGAGAAGGAGCGGUGGGCCAACGACCUCCAGACGCUCUCCAAGCUGGCUUUGGAUAGUGCUGAGGCGGCGCACGCUCCGUGCUGCUUUCUGACGGGCACCAGCUUCAUGGAGCAGCUGCGGGAGGGAGUUGGGCUCAUCAAGGAGUUCGAGACGCUAACUGCAGAAGAGGCGAUGUACGCGAUAGGCUGUGUGGGCGUUCUCAUCCGCUGCCGCCGCAGCGAUGCCUCUGACGUAGAACCCUGGCUGCUGAUCGUGGAGCACGUCUCGACGACCUGGGCCAGCUCGGCCUGUGCCGCUUUAGCUUUGGACUCCGAGCCGCUGAGGGACGAAGCGGGCGAGGUGGCCCCCGACGUGGCUGUCCUCGACCUGGACGGUUCGGAUGCUUACCGCUGGUUCACGAACUCCGCCUUGUACAAGAGGUACCUGGCCAUGGUCUUUGCCCGCAACUCGCUGUGCCAGGUCCCAGGCCAAGGCUUCGUGCUUCCAAUACUGGUUUGGGUCAAGACUGCGGAGCUCUUGAUCAACCGUCCGAUCAAGGAAGGUCAGGAGAUGUCGGCAGAGGAGCAGAAGUGGUUCCGCGAGAUGGUCCAGAUACACCAAGCGGCCGCGGCAGCCGCGCGGCGCGCCGUGCAGCGGCGGGGAGGCUCUGUGGAUGCUCUGGCGGGCGCCCUCGCAUCGCCCGAUCCCUCCGCGGCUCUCCUCACGGAAGCAGACGGUGGGCCCCAGUCUGUGUGCUUGGCGCUGGCGGCCGUGUGCUUCAGCGAAAAGGCGGCACCGCUCUGGGCCAAGCGCGGACUCGAGCGGGCCAACUCCAUGUCCUUGCAGCGCGCCCCCUCCAGGAGUCUGGAACGCAGCUCCACCGGCGGCCUCUCUGAGGAUGCGGCCUCGUGGCCAAAGCGUCUGCGGCGUCUGGCGCUGGCUAUGCUGGCGGAGGCUGUGUCUCGUGGAUGCCGUAGGUUGGUUCGGUCCCUGUGCACAGCCUCGAAGGAGCAGCCUCCCCCGAGCGAGGACGAGACGUCCAAGAAGCUGUUGUGGGACGCCCUGGGACUCGACCCGAGCUCCAUUCCGGAACUUCAGGAUGGGGAGAAGGAGCCGCCAGAGUUGGCAAAGCCGGAAGGGCAUUCAGACGACUGUGACCUCGACAGGGCAAAGCGCAGGAGCGCGCUGCUCUUUGCGCCCCAAGGGAAGUAUUUCCAGGCCGGCCUCACAAACUGCACGCCGCAAGGGAUUGUGGGCAGUCUCAUGAUCCACAUGGCCUGUCGGCUGGCUAACCGCUGGGAGGGCCAGGAGGCCACAUCCCUGCUUUGCGAGCAGUUGUGGAAGAGAGACAUCUCCAUGAAGGGCUUCGUGCGUGCGGUGAUGCCCGGGGACGCCAAUCCCGGAGCGGUGCAGGCCGCACUCUAUGCCCAGGGACUGCGCUACCACAGUGCCAAGCAGCGUCGAGGAGGUCUGGCUCCCCUCUCGGAGCCCGAGGCUGCACUCCGUGGUCUUGCACGGGAGCAGCGGCUGGGUGCGUACCUGGACAAGCUCCGUGCGAAGCUGUCGGCCGCAGCGGCCGGCCAGCGACGGGCGCGGCGCAGCGCCGAGAGGUUGGUCAUCCUGUCGACCUUCCUCCCUGAGCACCGCGGACUCCCGCGCCUCUUCAGCGCCAAGGAGAUCUCAGACCUCAAUGCCAAGCGCUCGCCGGAGGACCAGCUAGAGCUCCUCCCAACAGGGCUGCUGAAGAACCACUGCAGCUUUCCCGACUGCUCCAAGUACCUGCAAGAUCUGCGCAGCGAGACGGACCGCCUUGCGGAGGCAUCAGCGAAGAAAGGAAAGAACUUGGUUGCUGGCAGCCGCCGUGGCCUUUUCAAGCACCUGGCCCCAAUGACCUGGCGGGAGGCUGGCCAGGACAUCUACAUCCCCUGCCUCCACUCGGCUGCCCUGGGAGCAUCGGGUGUGCUCCACGACGCGCGCCGCUUCUGCCAACGGGUCUCCGACAAGCUGGACGAGCGCGUGAAAGAAAGCCAAGCCGCCGAGGCCGUGCACAGUGCCGGGUUCGCCGAGACCCUCGAGGAGUUGCGGCAAGCGCUGCACAAGCGCAACACCAGCUGA